AUGCCUGUUGCUGAAGGUGUACCACUAGCAAUACAAUUUGAUAGUUUAUCCUAUGCAAGCAAAGCUAUUCAUCGACAAAUUCAAUUAUUACUUGAACAACAUGCCGUAAUCAUUCGUCAAGGAAAGAAACAAUCAUUUAAAUCAGUUAAAAUAAAAUUAUCAGAAGAUACUUUGGAAGAUAUUAAAGUUCGUUGUUGUUUCAUUUCACCAUUUACUCGUGCACAAACUUAUGCUAAAAAUAAAUAUAUUCCUGAUGAAUCAAGUGAAUCAUUUAAAGAAGCGUCAUCAAUUGAUUAUCCAUUAGAUGGAAUGAUGAUUAUUCGUAUUCCUGGAAUAGUUAGAGAAUUUGCAUGUGAAGUUCUUUUUGAACAAGAUAUUGAUGGAAGAUCAAUAGCAACAUUGAUACUCGAUACUUUACUUCAAUCAUCUAUUGAUCUUCGUCAACAGUUAGCUAAGAAUAUUCUAGUUAUUGGAGGUACAGCAAUGAUACCAGGUUUUUUACAUCGUUUACAUUCCGAAUUAAUUUAUCUUGUUAAUAUAUCGACAUAUGUAAAUAGAUUAGUUAUAAAACAAUUUCAUUUCCAUUCUCCACCAGCACAAUUGAAUUAUACAGCAUGGUUAGGAGGUUCUAUUUUUGGUACUCUUGAUAUAUUAGAAUCACAGUCAAUUAUAUGUGAUAAAUAUUUAGAAAAUGGUAUUAUACCAGAUUGUAAAUAUUCUCUAAAAGCUAUUUCUGAUUAUUUAGGUGGUAUACAUAAUGAUCUUCGAUCACAAGCAUGGAAAUAUCUAUUUGGUUUUUAUCCACCUCUUCUCUCAAAAGCAGAACAAGAAACAAUUGAUAUUGAACGUAAACUACGAUAUGAUUUUAUGUGUGAAAGAUGUCAACAAGAAAUGCCACAAGAACUUUGUUCACAAUUACCGCAUUUAUCAUCAAACAAAUUAAAAGAAUUACUUAGUUCAAAUCAAAUUUUCUUUUCUAUUCAACAACGUAUUGAAGCAUAUAAACCAAAAUUUAAUUGGUAUGAUAUGGAUUAUCAUGUACGACUUAUUGCUAAAGAUUUACAUCGAACUGAUUUUAUAUCAUCAGAAAAAAAACCAGUUGAUUAUAAUUAUGGACCACUUACACGUUUACUUGUAACAUUUGCAUGUUAUAAUCCAACAAUUGGUUAUUCACAAGGAAUGAAUGAUAUGGCUCUUAGUUUUCUUCAUGUAUUUUCUUAUAGUGAACAUGAAGCUUAUUUUUGCUUUGCUUCUUAUAUAAUUCAAUCCGGUGAACAUUUUACAAAAUUAGGUAUAGCAACUAAAAUAAAACAAUUACCAAAACUUGUUGAAAUUGUUGAUCAAUUAUUAUAUGAUCGAAUUGUAUCACUUGAUGUUGAAUUAUGGACAUUUUGUCAUCGAUGGUUAUUUUUAUGUUUUCGUCGUGAAUUUGCUAAAGAAGAAGAUACAUUAAUAUGUUUUGAAGUUGUAUCUAGUCAUUUUCUUGAAGAAAAUUCUUUAGCUGGUGAACGUUUAUUAUAUGAUAUACAAUUAAAACAAGCAGAACAAAUAGGUAUUAGUAGUUAUUCAUCAAUAUCAACAGAAUUAAAUUCUAAACAUAAUGAAGACUAUCGAUAUUCAUUUGAUUUAUUUGUUUGUAUUGCAAUGAUAUCAUUAUUUCGUUCAUGUUUAUUUGAUGCUCAUGAUGAACUUGAAGCACUUGAAGCAAUUCAACAACGACAAAAAACACUUGAUGUUCGACAAGUUUUAUCAUUAGCUGAACAACUUUUUAAAAUAUAUUAUCAACAAAUAACAGCAAUGUCAUCUACAUCAUCGAUGGAAUCAGCAUCAUUUGAAAUUAUUUAG